CAAAAGGUGAGAAAACGUGACGGGAUGUUUUCCUUUUUCCCUAUGGCUCUUUUAAGAGCGACCCAGGCGAAGUACAAAGAAUUGAAAUGCUACAGAACUUCACAGUGUCAUGCCUAAAUCCAGACACACUCUUACUUUGCGAGCAUUGAACGGGAAAUUGUUGCCGCUUUGAUUUCCAUGCCCAUUACAAGGGAUUAGGACAUAAGCUAAAUGUUUUGAAUGGCGAGUUAUGGUUUCCAAUAAGGUUUUUUUUUUCUAUUCUACUUCAAUUAUGUACAUCUGUGGGGGAUCCAAUUCGAGGGCUUUUCAUUAAGAAACAAAAAGAACAACAUGUAAAAAAAUAGCCCGUUCGACGAAAAGGGAGAGAAAUAGAGUUGAUUUCAAAUGCUGUUCAAUGCCACUUGAAUAAUGUCUGAUAUUUAUGUCCUUCAGAACACUUCAAUUUCUCAAAUAACAUCAUUUUAAGGCCAAAAGUCAAGAGGGAUUAAGUAUCGUAGAUUUAUGGAUGAAAAAUGAUGCACAAUAGCUCUGAAAACCGGUUGAUAAUUCAGCCAUACAAGAGUGUGAUUUGCGGAUCAGCAAUAGUUCUCGUACAAAAAGAUCGCGCUAAUUGGUUACUGCGACAAUAACUACCUUUAGGUGGGGUACAGUUCGUUCUAAUUAAAUUACCAUCAAUCACGGCGACAGCUCGGCACUUUUACUCAAACAAAUACCGGUCAGCUACGGAGGGGAGAUUUGGAUCACCAAUCAAUGACUUGGUCGAGAUGAACCAGCCGCACACAAGUUGUUCUGCCACUGUAGUGCAAGUAAUUUUCGUCACCACGAACGGACGACAGACAAAUUCACUCGAGACACUCGCCAAGCGCUGCAGCUUCGGUAUUGCCAACAGACAGGCCGCUCAUUAUCGCAAAUCUAAAAGUUCUACGCGAUGGAUUUCGCAUCAUCAUUUUCAAUCGACAGUAUAUUAAGAAAUAAUCCAUCUUCAAGAAAUAACAGCCAGAUGUUUGACGAGCCGAAUGCACCUCACGCUCUCACAUUAGCGGAGCGCUUGGCAGAUAUAAUCCUAGAGGUUCACUAUGGCUCAACGAGAGGAAAACAUCGUCGUUCUCGUACAGCUUUCACCUAUCAACAACUUCAGCUGCUAGAGAACACAUUUGCUAAAACACAUUACCCCGAUGUUGUGAUGAGGGAGCAGCUCGCAUCUUGGACAAACCUUCCAGAAUCAAGAAUUCAGGUUUGGUUUAAAAACAGAAGGGCAAAGUACAGAAAGCAAGAAAAAGUAACGAAAUUUACAAAGCCAAGCAAUCCAGGCAGCUCUUCGUAUAAAUCGGAAACCAGUGUCGAAAACCACAUUCAUCAGACAACCAACCAAACGCCACUACCUGUUCCACCAAGUAUUACUAUUCCGGAAGAAAAAUUGACAGCAGAAACUAAAGUAGUAACGACUGAGCAUGGAUCAAGACCGAGUACUGGAAGGACUUCCAACAACACCAGUCAGAUAUUUUUCCAUCAAGGACAACCGUACACUUCUAACAAAUACCCGGACAGCCAGUACGAUACUUCAUGGCAAUGCACCAAUCCACGCACCCACAAUUUGGUUGUUUCAACACGUGACAGCUCGACCCUCGGUUGCCCAGUUGGCGACUUCGAAGCCUGUCGUGGUCGAAACUUAUCAAAUCUAUUCUGUAUACGCAAACCAACCUCGUCCAGUGUUGAUUUGUGGCGUUUUCAAGCAGGGUUGCAAAACGGCAACAAUCAAUGGACAGCUCCUGUUGGAUCCACACUGUACUGAACUCUUCUCAUAUACCAAAAAGGAAGCUGUCUUCUAUUUGCACGCUUCGUUAAGUCUGUUGUGUUCUUUUGUAUAUUUAUUUUUUUAAGAAUAUCGCUUUUUGAAAUUUUAUUAGCUCAACUUAAGAAUAGGAGACGACAAAACUAAGAUUAGAAUCAGAAAUAUAAACCUCAAAAAUAAGAGUUAAGUCCAUUUAUGAAAGUUCACUGCUUAACUGAAUAAGAGUUAUAGAAACAAUGCUUACAUCUUUAGUGAAUUGAUAAGUUGUGUUUAGACUCACCAGUUACGUCAGUGUGACCAUUGAACUGAAACAUCGCUUUCCAUUUGAACAGUGUAUGAUAUUGAUACAGAGUUACACGUUCGUUUAGUGUAACAGCUCUGUUUGGGACCCUGUUGAAAAUUUAAGAAUAAAGAUACGGUAGAAAUAUUUGAAGUAUAAAUUGCAGCGUCAUUAACUGAGUAUAUUAAUUUCAUAAUUAAUUUCAUUAAUUUCACUCAUAACAAUAAUUUCACCAAUUUUUGUAAAACAAUUUCGAGUUCUGUUCAACAUUUAGUCCUACAGAAAUACAACUUUCUUUAGACAGUAACUGUUGCACCUUUUUUUAUGUAUUACCCCCAUAGCAAGCAUUAAGGAUAAAAAUAGAAAACUUUUUGUGUUUCUAUCGAGUUAUGGAAACGAGUAAAAGUUUGGGAGAAAGAAAAAUACAACAUAUGGGAACAACAGCCUCGAGCUAGUGUUUCCACAUCUUUUUGGAAAUAUCCUAAACUUUCACAGGUGUCACUACACCUCGAUAAAAACCCGGAGAAAAUGUCUUUGAGAAAAUACUGAGAGAAAAAUGAAAUAAACUAAGUUUUACUAAGUUCAAGUUAGAAAUUAUCGGUCUUGAAAAUUGCAGAAUAAACAGAAAGGGAAACUUAGGAAGUCUGAGAUGGAACUGAAAGUGUUAAUUUAUCACAUUACGUACUUUCCUCGGCUGCAACACGAAAUUCAUAAUUUCAUUUAGCGUAAAUGUUUAAAAAAGAAAAAAUGGUGAAAGUGCUGCUCAAAAAUAUUUUUCUCUCGAAUGAUCAUUGGCUUGUGUUCAUCCACAUAUCUAAAAGCUACAAGCGCCAUUAUUUGAUACGAGCUAGACAUUAGAAGCGAAAGGGUGAAACGCAUACUGAAUGUUGAAAGCUGAAUUCUUAAACUGCCGCAAGAUGGGAAAAGAGGCCGGUGAACACUCGGACUUCAAACAGAAAAAAGAAAUAUACACGAGGAAUGGAGUUAUUUUAAUAGUUUUGGCGUCGCUAAGAGGAACACAAAAUUAAUGAAGAACAAAUGUCUUCCCCAACCCAUAUGAAUUUGAUCAAGUCUUGAAAUGUUAGAGAGAAGAUCUUUAUUCAAAAGUAGGGUCGUGUGUCUUCGAAGGUCACAUGCUGAGUUGUGGUUAAAAUGUAAUUUCUGAGGACACCUCUUUCGUGCCGAAGGCCUAAGCUCCCCGCUCUGCACAUAACAUAACAUUUAUGGGAAGGCUCUGCAUCUGAUUAGCUAAAAUUAGUGCCACGCAUCUUCCUGGUACCCUGCUGUUGAGAAAACCACAACUAGACGAAACAUAUCCAUGAACCUUCCAGACAAAGCCCAUCGAUGAAUCAACCCUGGCAAAGUGCUACAUUCAUUAAUUAUCGGACCUCGGUGAUUUUCCCAUUAGAAAGUUUGAUCACAGGCGACGUUCACGAAACUACAAUCUCGUCAAUAGGGAGCUUAAGCAACGACGGCGACGACGCCGAGGACGACGCCUAGCAAAAAAUGAAUUUAUA